ACCAAGCAAAGAGCACUCGGCAGCACUUGCCUCUGGGGCCGGCAAGAAGUCGGCACUACAGUACACUAGAGUAGUGGCGGCUGAUUGGAUUGACGAGCGUCCAGCUUUGUGCGUCGUUCAGGGCAAGCGAUGCGAUGAUGCGAGGGCGAGGGCGAGGGAUGAGGGCGUUGAAAUUGACUCAGGAAGCUUCCGAGCUAAGACAGAGAGUAUAAGAGGGCUCCUGUCUAGCUCGUCGAUGCUUGCCCACUACCGCAAUACGCUCGCUCGCUCGCUCACGCAAGAUGCGGUUCCUCUCCACGCUCCCCGUAGCACUCACCUGCCUCGCGGCCAGCGCCUUGGCCAACCCCAUCUCCUUCGACUUUGCCCUCGAGGAGCGUCAAGAACCGGCUGUCAACGCGAGCGCCUCCGCUACCUCGUCAAGCAGCGCGACGGCCUCCUCGUCGGGCUCGUCGGCCUCAGCGAGCUCCAACAGCUCUUCUGCGAGCGCGGCAUUCCCCACCGAUAUUGGCUACCUGGGCAAGACCCGCCAGGGCGCCGUCCCCUUCCUCGCGAAUACGGACAAGCUCGCCGGGUCUCGCGGUAACAGUCCCUACGAGAAUCGCUUCAACGCGACGGAUGCCAAUAAGGAGCAAUUCGACAUCUUCAAGUCGAUGGGCAACAUCUCGCCGUACCACUCGUCGCGCCUCUUUCCCGAGACGACGGCGAAGAAGGUACUCCCCGACACGUGCGAGGUGACCAACGCCAUGAUCUUCCACAGACACGGCGCUCGAUACCCUACAUCUUACAGUACCGAGGGAGCGCCCAACUUUGGUGCUGUGCUUGCCAACGUGACCAAGGCGGGCAAUCUGACUGCGAGCGGUCCGUUGGCCUUCCUCAAGAACUGGAGCUACGAAUUGGGCGCUGAGCUGCUCGUACCCAUCGGCUCCCAGCAGCUCUUCGACUCGGGCGUCUACCACUACAUGCAAUACGGCAAGCUCCUCAACGUUUCCCUUGGCCACAAGCCCGUGGUUCGCACCCCCUCACAGUCCCGCAUGAUCGACUCUGCCCGCUACUGGACUCUGGGCUUCUUUGGGUGGGAUGCCCCCGACAAGAUCAACCUCGAGGUCAUCAUCGAGGGGGAUGGCUUCAACAACACGCUCGCUCCUUACGACACGUGCAAUAAUAGCAACACCAUCUACAUCGGGGACGACUAUCUGCGCAAGGUCUGGGACCCAAUCUACCUCGCCGACGCAGGCAAGCGAUUGCAGCAGUACACGAACCUCAACCUGACGACGACGCUGCUGUACGGCAUGCAGGCCCUCUGCCCCUACGAGAGCGCGGCGCUGGGCUACAGCCAAUUCUGUGACCUCUUCACCGAGGAGGAGUGGAAGGGCUUCGAGUACGACUUGGACUUGCAGUUCUCGGGCGACUACGGACCGCUCUCACCGAGCGGGCGCGCUCAGGGGAUUGGGUACGCUCAGGAGCUGCUCGACUUCCUGAGCAAUUCGACGUUCGAGGGGCCCGUGACGACGCAGAAUACCACCUUCGACGAGAACCCGGCCUACUACCCUGUGGCUCAGCCCCUCCAAAUGUCCUUCACUCACGACGACGUAAUCGUCUCAGUCCUGACAGCCCUCAACUACACGCAAUUCUUCGACGACCUCGACCCUCGCAAGCCCGACCCAUCCCGCAACUUCGUCCUCUCGGAGAUCACCCCCUUUGCCGGUCGACUGGUCCACGAGGUCAUUCGCUGCUCGCACGACAAUGCCACGUACGUGCGCACGCUCAUCAACGAGGCCAUCGUGCCCAUGGAUGAGGGGCAGGGGUGCAGCGAGAAGCGCGAGGAUGGGCUUUGCAGGCUUGAUGAGUUCCUCAAGUUCCAGGAGGAGAACGCCGUCAAGGCGGCCAACUUUGAUUACGCUUGCUUCGGCGACUACAAUGUCACAGGGGCUGGCCAGAUCAAGAACGGUACGAUUGGCGUUUGAGAGUCGCGGGAGGGAAAGCAAGAGAUGGAAGGGAGGAGGAGACGUCAUAGAUUUGACGCUGCGACGGCUGAGCGGGCCAAGAGAUGCAAUUGCAUGCCUAUCUAGAUGUGCACGCAAAGAGGAUUGGAGUGACGUUGGCAUGAUUGGCGGAGAUGCGGCUUGGACGUGGCGCAGCGUGGCGUGGCGGCGUGGUAUGUCUCGGCGGAGUGAGUGAUGAGACUCGUCGAUCCAUUGUCCCGCUCCCACGCCACGCAGCUCCCUAUUCUCCGAGUGAGAUGCCGAGAGGGUGUGAGAGAGAUCUGGAUCUCACCGAAACCCCUUGCCUU